AUGGCAUACCAUAAUGCUGCUGUGCGAAUGCUAGUGCUUGGUAUAGACGGAAUCGCGCACGAUACUGGAAACUUCGUGAAGGCAAAUUUCAACAGGAAUUUAUUAAAAUUCUGGUAUAAUAUGCCUGAUGAGUACUGGAGCAAAAGUACCGUUACCAAAAGAUUGACACCUGGACUACAACGUGCAUAUAAAGCAUUAGAUGGGCGACCAAGCACGCGCAAAUUGCUCGUCUUGCUCUUGCAAGACGUGCCUGACGAUAUUGACCAGGCCAAGAAGGAGCUGGAUAGGAUGAAGGAAGAAUCUGAGGCACAUGUGGAAGUAUUUGUGGGCAGUCGCAGGGGACAUGCGGAUGAGCGAUUUGUGUCAAUGUCUACGUCGGGACUUACAUACAAGAUUCCUGAUAAUUUUCUCAUCAGCGAUCUCGGACACAUUGUUGCGUCUGCACUGCACAAGAUAAUUGGACCUCCUGCUUGA